AUGUCUUAUGUUCUGACAACGUCGCUAGGCAUAACGACUGGCAAGAAUGGAAUGACCACAUCCCUGAUCAGUACCCAAGUCAGCGAUUUCAAAGCCACUGGCACAUAUGAACUUGCAACUCUCUCAGAAUACUCGAACUUACGUCAGCACAUGACCAUUACCACCACUCAAUCAGCAACCACAUCCGGUAACAAUGGUUUGGAAACCGUUGCAGCUGUCGUUCUUGCAGGGGGUGUCGCCUGGUUCUUAGCCGAUUUUUCUGGUGCUGCCGCAGCUGCCGCAGCGCUCAAGCCUCCUGACUCGGCAGAAAACCACGAAGAUGAUAAACAAUGCCCUGACCCAGAGCAUAAAUGUUCUGAGUGCGACGGAAAGCUUGACAUAUGCACAAGCGGCAAAGAUUCUGGCUGCGCUUGUAAACCUGCAGAUUGCCCUGCUGAUGAAGCUGAUGAUCAACCAAAAUGCUCAGAUCCUGCGUGCAAUGGUAAAGACGACAAAUGCACUACCGGAGAUCACACAGAUUGCAACUGCAAGAAAGACGAAUGUCCUGCAGACGGUCAUGAUGAUCAACCCAAAUGCUCGGACGAUACUUGCAAAGACCUUCUCAAAGAUCCUCUCUUCUGCACCGAUUGUGGGGGCUACGAUGACCAAGGAAAGUGUAAAGGGGUAGGUUUUCUCGAUCCAGCCCAGAACAACAAGUACAAGAGUUGUGAUUGUCUCCGUGAACCAGAUUUCAGCAAACACUCUGGACCCUCCAAAAGACCAGAUGCCCAAAAGCACUUCGAAGCGCUCAAGCGCCUGAUCAGGAAGGGGGCAAAAUCCACAGAUCCAAAACCGUCAGACAGCCCCGAGCCCGGUUCCAAACCUGACGGAACAACGCCAACAUGCGACGAGAAUGACGUUUCCAAUAUAGACAACAUGUCCUGGGGCAAGAAACCUAUGUACCAAAGCUUCUGCGACACAAUCAACGGCGGCGACCCCAAAGCUCACGUCGCCAUGAUUGUGGACAUUGAAGGCAACAAAAUUCCGAACAAAAAGCGCGCACUUUUCGAGCGAACUCCUCCAAGCGACCCGGGGCAGUGGAACGACUAUACAUUCUCGCUGAUAUGGACGGGGGGUGACGGAUCUUGUGAUAGCGACUGUGGUAACUUCAUGGGCAGCAUGUCCGGCAAUACCUGCGGCCACCUUUCCGCAGAGCAAAACAAAAUGGCCAACAAAAUCGCCGUCGACACGGGCUGUGGCAAAUACACGAUGGGAAUCAACGCGCCUCCAGGCACCGUAAACCCGCACGGCACCAACCCAGACCCUAGCCCGACCUGCUACACCAAAGACAAAGGAUACACAACCUUCAACGUCGGCAAAGCCUCCGAAGCCAUCGACAAAUUCUGCCAGAUCCUGCACGAUCAGAAAUCGAAGAUCAGCGGGCUGGCGCGGGAGAACAGCCAGACGUUCGCUCGGCGGGAUAAGAAGGGUGUCGUUAAGGAUGGGAAGAAGACGCUCACUCUCAAUGUGAAUUGGGCAACUUCGCCGACGUGCGCUGAUCCGGGGAAUAAGGGGUAUGAUUUUGGGGAGCAUAGUGUGGAUGAUUGUAAGAAGAAUUUUGGGUUGGAUUUGUUGCCGAAAUGUCCAAGUCCGGAUGAUCAAGGGGGUAAAGACCCGUGGACCUAUGGGGGCUGGGUGGUUGCGGAUUGUGUGGCAUGGACCGUUGCUGCUCAGUGA